AUGUCACAGAACAAUCCAGUUGGCCAGAUGAAUCCUGAAAGAACUUACAACAACGUUACAUUGAAAAAUUUGACGGCAUUUCAGUUAUUAUCCCAGAGAGAAAAUAUAUGCGAGUUAUUGAACUUGGUUGAAAGCACAGAAAGGCAUGAUAGUAUUAUUAAUCCAGAAAGGCAAAGGAACAGUUUGGAAGAAAUGAAAAAAAUGCUUGAUUUAAUACGAAAUGAAAAACAAAACUAA